AUGCCAGCAAAAGAUCUGCAAAAGCUUAUAAUGGAGAUACGUCAAUUCAAAGAAGAGAUGAGAGCCACAGGCACUUUGGCAGCUCUGACGCUCAGAAUUGAUGAAUCCGAUAGAAAAAUUGAAAAGCUAGAAGGCCGUGUGGGUCUUCUGGAAGAUCGUCAUGCUGAUGGUAGUACGUCGACCGAUGUUGGUUCUUUGCUGGAUACAAUUGAGCAACUUAAUCACGUGUGA